UGAGUUGAGUUGAACCAGAGUCCUGCAUUCAGUACAGUUAGGCCCAGCCACGCAAUUCGGCUGGAGGCUGGCCAUGAUUAAUUUCAAGAAGCCCGAAAGUCUAUAUAAAGGUUGCAUUGUCAGCAUUGAUUAAGGAAAGAACACACACAUAAUCCGAGCUCUUUCGUGCUUCCCACCUGAAUUAGAUCGAUCUCUACUCUUAAUGCUAUUUCAUGGCUUCUUCUGCAGAAAAAUCGAGAUUCCGCAUCUACAACAUUACGAGGCUCAAAAGAAUGGCUAGGAAGUGGCGCAAGAUGAGGAGCUCUGGGGAGAAGGAACCGCCCCGCGACAUUCCUCCAGGCCACCUGGCUGUGACUGUGGGAGAAGCUGGCAAGAGGUUUGUUAUCAGGGCAGACUACCUGAACCAUCCGGUUUUCCGGCAGCUUCUAGACCAAGCAUACCAGGAGUAUGGUUACAGUAAGGAUGGUCCUCUUACUAUUCCCUGCGACGAGUUCCACUUCCAGGAGAUAAUCCAUUCACUUAGAAGCGCUACAAGCCAAAUCUCCUGCAAUGCAGCCGAAAAGAUGCAGGAUGGAUCUAUGAAAAAGACUCAUAUACUAGAAUCCAUUCAUCUACCCGACCCCACCUAAAGAGAUUAAAGCUUGUGACUGUCGUUGCGAAGGCAGUAUAUUUCCUAUUCCAUAUUCUACAGUCUACAAGUGUAUAUCAAAUGAGCAAUACAACGACAACUGCAGUAUAGAUAGAUAAACAACAUAUAUAUCAGCUCCUCCAGCGUUCUCUUGCUUUUCUUUUCUUUGGUUGAAUGACAAUAGCAUUAUAAGUAAAAUUCUACAUCUUUUUCAGAGCAAGAAGAUAUGUAACUUUGUUUUAUAUGGAACAAAAUAUAUGGUGUUCUGCUUCAUUUCA